AUGGCUUCGGGAAACUACACGAUAGACCUGGCGAGCUCUCUUCCUAUUCUCGUGCUUGACAUCGUCACAGCCAUGCUGACCGGCAUGGUUCAACCCGUAUACAAGUCUUCGACGGAGGCACUAACAACCAUCCACGGCAACGGCGGACCCCAGUCAGUCGCAGCGAUAGACGGCUCAGAGACCACAAUCUUUGGCGCAAUGUACCUCAACGGCAUCGCAGCCGGCGCAUUCCAAAUCGAGCAUGUCGUGCUAAACGCGCACCCGUCCUCCUCUGUCCUCCCCGCUCUACUAGUCUACGCCUCCACCCGAAACACAACCACCACUGGCGAGGACUUCCUCACUGCUCUCGCUGCCGGGUACGAAGUCUGCGCACGUAUAGGCCUUGCGUCAGGCGCCUCGGUAGAAGACGAGCGCGGCUUCCACAACCCGGCCAUCAAUGGGCAGCUUGCAGCAGCGGCGGCGGUUGGUAACCUCCUCGGUUGGGAUGCCGAGACCAUCGCGUCCGCCAUGGGGGUGGCGGCGUCAAGCUCGGGCGGGCUCGUAGCUUUCCAGACGACGGAUGCCAAGACGAAGCAGAUUCACCCGGGCCACGGCGGGCCAUUGGGCAUCGAGGCUGCGCUCAUGGCUCGCGCGGGUGUUACGGGUCCGCCUAACAUCUUGGAGAACGACAUGGGGUUCCUGCAUGCCUUCUCGCCGGAACCGAAUGUUACUGCGCUCACGGAUCAGCUCGGAAACCGUUGGGACUGCGAGGCGACGACAGCGAAGCACUAUCCCAUGCAUUCGAGAUUUCAGACGCUCGUUUCUGGUGUUCAAGACUACAAGAAGAAGGAUCCUUGGGACAAGGAAGUGAAAGGUAUCACAGCCUACGUCGGUCCUCGUCUCUUGCGAGAAGCGCAUCAGAUUGCUCAUCCGGAGACGUUGGAUCAAGCACAGUAUAGUGUCUUAUUCUGCCUCGCCGCCUCGGUACUGCUGGACUUGAGCAGCCCGUUUGUCUUCGAUGAUACGCUAGUGGGAGAUGAAGCUGUGCAGAAGCUCUCGGGGCAAGUCGUCAUGGAGCAAGUCUAUGACGACGAGCGGACCGAGGGCGGGUAUGUCAUAGUGUCAUUUUCUGAUGAUAGCACCGUCAACAUCACCGCACCGUACAGUGGAUAUACUGGGCUAUACGCAAAUUCUGGCUUCCUUGAGGCCCUGGUGGACAAGUACAACCGUACUACCAAAGCUCUAAGUAUUGAGGACGAUGCCCAGUCUCUGCGCUCCUUAGUUGAGAAUAUAUGGGUGGAAGCAAACAUAUCCCGCGUGUAUGACGGAAUUGUAAAGGUUGGAAAAGGGGCUCGUUUGGAAUAG